AUGACACCGCAAAAUCACGCGGAGGAGGGGCAGGACGCGGCGGAACGUACGGGGCCCAUGGGUCCCUACCACCCGCACCCACGAAGCCAGAACCCGCAGGCUGAGGACUACCAGAAUGCACAAGUGAUCCCACUGGGUUGUGCGGCAGGAGAGCAGCAAGGGGAGCGACAGGGGCGUCUGGAUGCGCGGUUUGAGACGACGACUCCGCCUUCGUACGGUGGAGUGCCUUUUCCACACCGUCCAGCCUCUAGAGGACGCGCUCCAUUGCGGACGGCACCUGACACACCGUUCCGCCAUGACCGUAGCCUCCCUGCCGCCCACGUCGCCCACGACCACCUGCAUUCAAGCGCAUGUGCGAUGGCUGGCGAGACGGGAUGCGCUGGCGCUGGUGGUCAGGAGACCGACCCCCACGACGUGGAGAGUAGAGCCGCUGGCGCUUUGAUAGCCGCAGCCAACGCACGGACGGGGAAUGAUGGCGAGAGGCGAUCGGAGACGUGCCGAAUGGCGAGCGGAAGAUUGGUGACGACGCGUCUGGCGAUCUCGGGACUGGCUUCGCGACACCACGUGGUGGGGCGAACGUGGCGAGCAGGGCGACCGCGGCGGACGAGGCAACCGAGACUUUUUACGAUGAUCCUCGUGGUGGCUCGCCCUCCCUUCCUCGCGUGUCACCAACGAACGGCGCCGAGGCGAACGCCCCCGGUGCGUCGCACCUUCCACGUUGGAGCGCACGCCGGGCCCCUCGCGCGCCUGAUCAUUACGAGGCGAGGCCCGCGCCAGUUCGCGCCGCUGAUCUUCGAUGCGGCGGCGUAUCUGAUCAGCCAUUCCCAAUGGAACAACAGGGAGACUCGCGGCAGGGCGCGGAGGAGGAAGCGGGCGGGGAGCAGGUUCGCUGUCCGCGGUACACUCGUGGACUGGAGGGGCGGACGGAUCGAUCGGGGCGGCGGGUGGAUGCCUCGCUCAACGUUGUCGGAUGGCGCCCUGCAGUGA